AUGCCAGACAAAGCCCUCGCGUACCAGGUCGGGCAGGUCCAGGGCCAAGGCCAACUGUACAGUACCAAUGCAUCAAGAACCACGACAAUGCCAGCGCCAACCGAACUCCGCGAAGUCGGCGGCGGCAACGCUCCUUCCACCAAGCCACCCGCUAACACGGACAUGGCAUACACCUCCCCGCCGCCCAUGCGCGUAGUCGGCAAUGCGGGUCUUGUGAGGCCGACGGAUGGGUUGGGGUUUGAGCCCGACUUCGUCGACUGCCCCAACUGUCGGGAGCGGAGGGAGACAAUCGUCAACCGCGUUGCCAGCGAAACAACUCGGCAGCUAAGGUUUUCGUAUGCGAUGCGCAGCGCCCUGCUGCUUGGUAUAUGCGGUCUGAUACCGGACUGUAUGAAGAUGGGGUAUGAUACCGAGCAUCGGUGUAGUGGGUGUAGGUGGAAAUUGGCGGUCCUACAGCAUGACCAGAGGCCGGGAAAUGCGGCGUAUGUGCCGUCGCAAUAUACGGCGGAAGCAUGA